AUGGUAACAUUCGUACAAAGCCAUUUUCCUGCAUCUGAUUCCCAGGCAUCGGAUGGCGAACCCAUCCUUCAUCAACGCGUCUACCCAGAUAGCGAAGGCCACGACCAGAACGGGGCUGAAGCUGGCAGUGGUGGUGCUGACACCAGUGGAAACACCGUGUCCUUCAACUCUGUCCAAGGAUGCCCUCCAAUUGCCAUUGUAGGCAUGGCGCUCCGGCUUCCCGGAGGUGUCAAGUCCCCCGAUGAACUCUGGCAAUUCCUAAUCGAAAAACGAAAUGGUGUUUGUGAGGUUCCCGGAACCCGCUAUACUGUUGAUUCUUUUUACAGUGAGACCAUGGCCCGUUGUGUAAAAACGCGCCAUGGGUACUACCUGCAAGACGACCCAGCCUGUUUCGACGCGGGCUUCUUCUCUAUCAACUCACACGAAGCAGGGAGAAUGGACCCACAGCAACGCCAGCUCCUUGAGGUAGUUUGGGAGUGCUUGGAGAGCGCUGGAGAGACGAAUUGGCGCGGGAAAAACAUCGGCUGCUAUGUUGGUGUUUACGGCGAAGACUGGCUGGACCUGGCAAGCAAGGACCCGCAGCAUACAGACCGAUAUCAUAUCCUUGGAACGGGGCAGUUUGCCUUGUCGAACCGGCUUUCUUAUGAAUAUGACUUUCAGGGGCCUAGCAUGACCCUCCAAACCGGCUGCUCAGCGUCCUUGGUAGGUCUCCACGAGGCGUGCCAAGCGCUCUACUCACGAGACUGCUGCUCUGCCAUCGUGGCGGGGACAAAUUUGAUGUUUGCACCGACAAUGACGGCUACCAUGUCUGAUAACACUGUCAUGUCUCCAACUGGAACUUGCCGCACGUUCGACGAGGCGGCGGAUGGGUAUGGGCGCGGCGAGGGCGUUAACGCCCUGUACGUGAAAAGACUCGAAGACGCCAUUCGAGAUAAUGACCCUAUCCGUGCAGUUAUCCGAGCAACGUCAACCAACUGCGACGGUCACACCCCCAGCAUCACAACUCCCGGGUCUCAUUCCCAGGAAGCACUUGUAAGAUGGGCUUAUAAGAAGGCCGGUAUUUCGGAUAUCACCCAGACAGGGUUUUUCGAGUGCCAUGGAACCGGAACAGUAGCCGGGGACACGGCGGAAGCGUCAGUUGUCGCGAAAUUGUUUGAAGGAAAAGGGAUAAUCAUGGGAGCUGUAAAACCAAAUGUUGGCCACGGAGAAGGAGCAUCGGGAAUCAGCAGCGUCAUCAAAGGCGUUCUCGCACUGGAGCACAACACUAUCCCCCCAAACGUCUUUUUCAAGACGCCAAACCCAAGAAUACCAUUCGAAGAAGGAAAGCUCCAGGUCCCAGUGGAGGUCAUGCCAUGGCCAAAAGACCGGCGUGAGAGGGUGAGCGUGAACUGUUUUGGCGUUGGAGGUGCGAACGCACACGCCAUUCUUGAUUCGAUAUCUUCAGUCUGCGGUGACAACUUUCGUCCUCUUAUUGAAAACUGCGAAGAUGACAGAGCGCGCCUCUUGGUCGUCUCGGCAAGGGGCGCAGAAAGUUUGAAACAGCGCAUUCGAGCUGUAACAGACUAUGCAAAUAAGGACUUGUCCAAGCUCCGGGAUCUCGCCUAUACACUUGGCGAAAGGCGCGAGCAUCUAUCUCACCGAGCGUUUACAGUAGCCAAUCCAAAUGAGCUGCUAGACGAGCCGAACUUUCAGACUGGCCGUGACAAAGCUCCGGAGGUGACCUUUGUCUUCACCGGGCAAGGCGCUCAGUGGGCGGGCAUGGGCAAGAAUUUGCUAACCGCAUUCCCAACCGCGCGAAAAGACAUUCAGCAUCUUGAAGAGGCUCUGGGCAGUCUCGCAGAUGGCCCGUCCUGGUCGAUUGAAGAGGAAUUGUCACGGACGGAAAAGAGCAGAAUAAACGAAGCCGAACUCUCGCAGCCGCUCUGCACAGCGCUCCAAAUUGUACUUGUCAACAUCCUUUCUGCAUGGGGAAUAACUCCUUCAUCUGUGGUCGGCCAUUCGAGCGGCGAGAUUGCCGCUGCAUACGCAUCUGGGGCCAUCUCUGCGAGAUCGGCCAUCAUCAUCGCGUAUUAUAGAGGAAAGCUCGCGAAGGAGCUUGAAGGAAAAGGCGCCAUGGCAGCGGUAGGGCUGUCAAAAGAUCUUGUCGCGCCGUUUCUUGAGGAAAGCGUAGUCAUUGCAUGCGAGAACAGUCCACAAAGUGUCACGUUGUCUGGGGAUAGUACUGCGGUUGAUAUAGUGGUGGAUGCAAUUAAGAGGGAUCGUCCAGACAUCCUCUGCAGAAGGCUGCCAGUGUCUACAGCCUACCACUCCAUAACUGCAGGACUCGCGCACGCUGGCGGGAUUGCUAUCAAUCUCAAUAUUAUCAAUGGCCCCGGCAACACUAUAUCAAACCUGCCUCCUUAUCCCUGGCAACAUAACACCCGUUACUGGCACGACAGCCGACUAACGCGCGAGUGGCGAUUCCGACCUCAUCUACACCAUGAGCUCCUUGGCGCACGCAGCGUCGAGUCUUCAGAGCUCGAGCCCGCGUGGAGAAAUCUGCUUCGUCUGGAGGACGUUCCGUGGGUCAGCGAGCACGCUUUGCAGGGAAAUGUUAUAUUCCCGGCUGCUGGAUAUAUCUCAAUGGCGGGCGAGGCAGUAUGCCAAUUAAUUCCCGAAGCGAGCGACUUCUCCAUCAAAAAUAUGCUGAUCAAGAACCCGCUUUUGAUGAAAGAGUCGGCUGAGUACGAAAUCAUCACGACACUCAAGCCAGUCAAAAUCACCGACCUUGUUGAGUCAGAUUGGUACUCGUUCAGCAUCGUCUCGUUCGAUGGUGCUUCCUGGACGAAACACUGCCAUGGCCAGGUGCGCGCGGGAUCCGACUACCCUCCAAAAGGACGAAAGAUCAAACAAUACGCUCGCGUCCUUGACGUAGGCACUUGCUACCGUUUCGUCGAGAGACUCGGGUUUGCAUAUGGCCCUCUCUUUCGACGGUUUACAUGCAUCUCUUCAGAUCCAAAUGAUCGAAAAGCCUCAGCUAGGCUGCGCGACCUCGGACGAACCCGGUAUCCGCUUCACCCCGCCAUAAUUGACCACCUGCUCCAAGCUUUCCCAAUGGCCAUAGCUCAAGGGUUAUCCCGACGGUUCCAGAUCAUUGUCCCUGCGGCAAUUGGACAUAUCUAUGUGCGACGGGCCGACGUUCCAGAAAGCGAAAUGUCGCUGGAAGCAUUGAUGGCCGAGACCGGCUUCGGGACAUGGAUGGGUCAUGGUAUCAUGAUGGCUGGCGACGGGAAUGAUGCUGUGCCUGUCCUGUCGAUGACGGAUGUUGCCGGGUUCCCUGCGUCCGGGACGGGAGACACUGCUUCCAUACCGCUGGGGUCACAGAUUCGGUGGGCUCCGGAUAUUGAUUUCGUAGAGGCGUCUAGCUUGCUGCUACCUGCUGAGCCGAGCGAUGAGUAUGUGAGCAUGAUGCGGGCAUGUGAUGCUUUGAGUAUCCUGUAUAUCCUUGAAACGGCGAGGAAGCUGGAGAGUGUCACCGAGGACCCGGAAGUCCCUCAUCUCAAGGAUUGGAAGGCAUGGAUUACCUCAACGGCUAAUAGAUUUGGUCAGCAGACGGAUGGAUAUGCUUUGGAUACAGGAGCCUCCAAUUGGGCCCAGCUGAGCUCGGAUGAACGCCAGAGCCUCAUGAAGGUUCUGUCCUCAGAGGUCCAACACGCAAAUGAGGAUCAAAGUGGUGAAGUUCCAGCCCCGUUGUCAUGUCUCCGCUACGUUUACAACAAUGUCGAGAAUCUCUUAACCUCAACGACCCUGUCCGACGAAACUCGAAGCCAAAUCGAGCAGUAUGGCGCAUACCUCCAUUCCCAGCACGAGCGGAGCUGGGGCCACUUUUUGACUUUAUUGGGCCAUACAAACCCAGCGAUGCGCAUCAUCGAGGUAGGAGGCAGUGCUGGGAGUGUCACAAGGAGUAUCCUGAAGCACUUGACGUCACCGGAAACUGUGAGGCUAUACUCAGCGUAUACAUUUACGGAUGCAUCCGCGGAGAAUGUUGAAGCUGCGAGAAAGGCGUUUGCGGAGGAAGAAAUUGACUUUAAACUGCUUGCCAUCGAGAAGGAUCUAGGAGAGCAGGGUUUUGAGAAACAUAGUUUUGAUUUAGUUAUUGCAUCUAAUGUUCUCAGAGGCAGAAGGGGCCAGCUGGAGACAUCGCUCAGGAAUAUUCGGGAGUUGCUGGCGCCGCGCGGUAGAUUAAUGCUCAACGAGCUGGAUGAAGGACAUCUUCCUACAGCCUUCGUCAUGGGGCUUCUGCCAAUUUGGAACAGGAAUAAAGACGUGAUCCCAGUACAUAUAACGAGAGAAGAGAUUGAUGCAGCCCUUCGCUCUACCGGGUUCUCUGGAAUUGAAGCCAUACGCAGGGAUAUAGAAUCACCAGACAGCGUAUCGCUAAGUAUCUUGUCGAGCCUUAACGCAGAGAUCCCAAAAAAAACCAUAACGUUAUUAGUAAAGGCGGCGAUCACCUAUUCCGAGUCCUGGGUUGAACUGCUAAAGGGGACGCUGGAACAGCAAGGAUACGAAGUAUGCAUCUGCGAUUUGCAAGCUGGUCUUCCAGUUGAAGGGGAGUACUUGACCAUCUCUCUUCUUGAUAUGGAUGGUCCAUACCUCCAUGACCUGUCUGAAGCUGGAUUUACUUCCUUGCAGGGCCUCUUGGCAGAUAUUAAGCAACCGAUUCUGUGGGUUACGGGGAUGUCGCAGUUCCGGUGCGAAAACCCACGUUACGGCUUAGUUUUCGGGUUUGCACGGACUAUGAGACACGAGAAAGACGCUGACUUCAGCAUCUUCGAAACUGAUACUUUCGGUGCCGAGUCAGUGAAAUCACUUGUGUCUGUGGUCGAAAAGCUUCUGUGGUCCAGGGCAGAUGCAGAAACAGACCCGGAGUAUGAAUUCGCCCUAUACCAGGGCACGAUCUACGUCGGCCGUUGUCACUGGGUCUGCCUGGCAGACCAUAUUGAUAGUAACUCCUCAAUGAACCUCCCUAGACAACUGGAUAUCGAAUCACUAGGUUCAAUUGAUACACUUCGCUGGGCACCGUUCGAGGGCCCGCCGUUGGAGGAAGGCCAGGUCGAAAUUGAGAUGAAGUAUAUCGGCUUGAAUUUCCGGGUUCGACACCUGCACUUUCGUGACAUUCUUGUAUCGCUUGGCCUCUUCGGCGAACCCAAUGAGUUCGGUCUCGAAGGAAGCGGGAUCGUUCGAAGGGUAGCACCGGGUGCAAUACGAGACCUGAAGCCCGGCGAUAGAGUCGCCCUGUUGACGACGGGGACUUUUCGAACGCGCUUCGUCGUGCACUCGCGGUAUUGCCUUCGGAUUCCGGAUCACAUCUCGCUUGAGGGAGCGGCGACGAUGCCAUCAGUCUACAUCACGGCUGCGUACUGCCUGAUUCAUCUUGCGCGGUUGCAAAAGGGCGAGCUUGCGGAGGCGUCGGUCUCGCGGCUAUCCGCGUCUCUAAUAGCUCAGAUCUACGCCACGGUCGGCAGCGACGAGAAAGUCCAGUAUCUCAUCGAUCGCUUCGGCAUACCAAGGAGCCGCAUCUUCAAUUCCCGGACCCCAGACUUCCUCCACGACGUGAUGCGCGAGACAAACGGUCGCGGCGUGAACGUCGUGCUGAAUUCACUGACUGGUGCUCUUCUCCACGCAUCCUGGGACUGUCUCGCUUCGUUUGGUCGAAUGAUUGAGCUGGGCAAGCGGGACUUCCUGAGUAACGGGCAGCUCAAUAUGGGGCCUUUUAUCAAGAAUCGCUCAUAUAUGGGAUUCGAUCUGACGCAGUUUGGAAAGGAAGCUUAUCAUACCUAUGAGUCAAUGCACACCCAGUUCGAGACACUCACAGCAGAGAACGAGCUAGUUCCCAUUCGCCCAGUGAGAGUGUACGAGGCUACAGACGUUAUAGAUGCCUUCAGGUACAUGCAACAGGGCGUCCAUAUGGGUAAGAUUCUGAUUAGAGUGCCCGAAAACCCCUCUAGCCUCUCUGUCUCUCCAGGGAAUUCGCCAUUCUCUCUUCGUCCAGACGCCUCGUACCUGCUUGUUGGUGGGCUAGGCGGACUGGGCCGCUCAGUAUCGACAUGGAUGGUGGAAAAGGGCGCUCGGCAUUUGGUGUAUUUAUCACGCUCCGCUGGUCUCUCUGAAAAGGAUCAGGCUUUUGUCCGUGAGCUCGAAGCGCAGGGGUGCCAGGCAAUCUGUGUUCCCGGUGACGUGUCGGCCAUUGCAGACGUGGAAGCUGCAAUAUCUAAGUCUUCGCAACCUCUUGGUGGCGUGGUGCAGAUGGCAGGGUUUCUCCAGGACGCAAUGUUCGACAAAAUGAAAUAUUCAGAAUGGGAGUCCUGCGUUGCCUCAAAGGUCCAGGGAACUUGGAACCUCCACGAGACAACCUCUUCCAGCGCCCUCGAUUUCUUCAUUGUCGUCGGGUCGGUUGCCGGCAUCUGCGGAAACCCAGGCCAAGCCAAUUAUGCCGCGGCCAACACGUUCCUGGACUCCUUCGUCCAGUAUCGGCGAGAUCUCGGUCUUCCAGCGGCGGUAAUUGAUCUGGGCGCCAUCGAUGAAGUUGGCAUGAUGGCUGCUAAUCAAGAGGCAAUGCAACGUGCGCAAGCGGCGUCAGUCUGCUUCCCAAGCGAGCAACAGUUGAUUGAGGGGCUCAAACUCGCCUUAUCACAAUGCGCAGUUCCCCCUUCAUCAAAAUCACUUCUCUCUACCUCGUGCAUCGUCGGCCUCUCAAAUACAAAACCGCUCUCGAACCCGAGCGUCCGGCCGUACUGGGUGCGCGAUGUCCGGUUUGCCAUCUACAAGAACCUCGAGUCAAGAAGCACCGAGGCAGUCCAGGGAGGUCAAAGCAACGAACUCCGCACUCUCCUCCGGCGCGUUGAGCAGAACCCCUCGCUGUUGAACGACCCGGAAUCGGAAGAGAUCGUGCGCCGCGAGAUUGGCAACCAGGUGACGCAGCGGAUGCCGCAGGCGGAGAACAUGGAUGAAGACGAGAUUGCGAAUAUCACGAUUGACUCAUUGAUGGCGAUUGAGAUAAGGGGAUGGGCGAGACGGAACCUAGGGCUAGAGAUUACGCUUGUACAGAUUGCAAAGGCGAAGACUGUGGGAGGGUUGACGAGGGCGGCCGUCGAUCAUCUGAAAGCCAAGUAUGGGAUGAAAAGAGAGGACAAUGAGAACGAGGCUAGAAUUGGAGAUAGAGACGGAGAGGAUUAG